CUGACCAUACACACCGGCAUCCACAUUCCGCUCUAUCUAUACUCUCGCAGACCACCUCCUCUCCGCGAUUGGGCAACCCAAUGUGCCCGUGAUUUCUGACCGUGGCUGGACAACGCGGGAGAAUUCCCAAACCAACGCGGCAAAUACCAUCGCCGCCGUCUACGUUCACCACCCUCGCCGCUCCGCCGAACUCACCCAUAGCAGCGCGCCGCUGCCCUCUAUUUCGCCCCAGGGGGCUGAGUCGCCCGUCCGCUGACGACUGCGACCCGCCCAUCUCUCAGCUACCAUGGCAAGUUCCGGCCAAGACACCAAGGAUGAGUCGGCUCCCUCUCGUCGAACGAGAGCACCUACUAUUAACAUCGACACCACGGCCGUGAGCCCCAGUCCGGCGGCCCUCGAGACGGAUGCCGAAGCUGGCACUCAAGCCGCGUCCACCCCGACCGCUGCGCACAGCAGCCCGACCGACCCUUCAUCGAGCUCCCACAAGCGCAGCCUGUCCCAAACGCGGCCCGAGGUGCAGGCCGCAAAGGCCUCCGAUGCCAGAGACAGCCGGCCUACCAGCCCGCACAAUGUCCUCAGCCCUUUCUCUUUCCGUGGGCCCGGCCCAAAUCAGGGCUUCCUCGCCGUUCCGAACGCUCAACGCUCCCGCCAGAACUCUCUCAACUCGACAGACGAUGCGCGCUCCGUCGCUUCCUCCCAGGACGUUACCGUCAUUGGCGGCGGCUCGUCCACCGGGGAAAAGAGUACCUCCCCGUUUGGCGACCGAUCGGACAACUACCAGAUCAUGAAUGACAAGGACGCCCUCAAGCCGGACCAGGGGAAGGAAGCAGACUUCGUGGUGGAGGAUAACCCGUUCGCCUUCAGCCCGGGAAUGCUAGGGAAAAUGUUUGAUCCAAAGAGCCUGUCGGCCUUCUAUAAGCUCGGCGGCCUUGCGGGUAUCGAGACGGGGUUGCGGACCAACCGGACCACGGGCCUGAGCGCCGACGAGACCGCCCUUACCGGCACCGUCUCCUUCGAGGAGGCCACCUCCCGCCCUCCGGAGAAGGCCCUGACCGAGGCUGUUUCCCCUCCUUCGCCCGACCACCACAGGAAGCCCGACCCCAACGAGCCCUUCUCGUCGAGGAAGCGCGUCUUCCGCGACAACAGGUUACCGGUCAAGAAAGGCAAAAACCUUUUUCAGCUCAUGUGGAUUACGUACAACGACAAGGUACUGAUCCUGCUGUCGAUCGCCGCCGUUGUCUCUCUCGCGAUUGGCCUCUACCAGACCUUUGGCCAGGAGCACAAGGCCGAUGAUCCCGCAGUUGAGUGGAUCGAGGGUCUCGCCAUCAUUGUCGCCAUCUUCAUUGUCGUCAUGGUCGGCUCUCUCAAUGAUUAUCAAAAGGAGCGUCAGUUCGCCAGGCUGAACAAGAAGAAACAAGACCGCCUGGUCAAGGCCGUCCGGUCCGGCAAGACGGUCGAGAUCUCCGUCUUUGACAUCCUGGCUGGCGAUGUCUUGCUCCUCGAGCCCGGUGACAUGGUUCCCGUGGACGGCAUUCUUAUCGAGGGCUUCGACGUCAAAUGUGACGAGUCUCAGGCCACUGGCGAGUCGGACAUUAUCCGCAAGAGGCCCGCCGACGAGGUCUAUGCCGCUAUCGAGAACAACGAGAACCUCAAGAGGAUGGAUCCCUUCAUCCAGUCCGGUUCCCGCGUCAUGCAGGGCGCUGGCAAAUUCAUGGUCACCUCUACCGGCAUCCACUCGAGCUACGGCAAGACGAUGAUGUCCCUCAACGAGGACCCCGAGGUUACGCCUCUGCAGUCCAAGCUCAACGUUAUCGCCGAGUACAUCGCGAAGCUUGGUGGUGCCGUCGCUCUUCUUCUCUUCCUGGUCCUCUUCAUCAUCUUCUGUGUCCGGCUUACUAGGCAGUACGCGUCCAUGACGCCCGCCGAGAAGGGCCAGCAAUUCAUCGAGAUUUUCAUCGUCGUGGUCACAAUCGUGGUCGUCGCCAUUCCCGAAGGACUUCCCCUUGCUGUCACCCUGGCGCUCGCUUUCGCGACCACGCGCAUGCUCAAGGACAACAACCUUGUCCGACACCUCAAGGCCUGCGAGGUCAUGGGCAACGCGACCACGAUCUGCUCCGACAAGACGGGCACGCUUACGCAGAACAAGAUGCAAGUCGUCGCCGGCACGAUUGGGACGACACAUCGGUUUGGCGCCACGACAGCCCCCGGCGAGCCGGUAUCCCCGGAGAAGGAAGUCGGGAUCCGGGAACUCGUGUCCACGCUGAGCCCCGAGGUGAAAGACCUGGUCUUGAAGUCCAUUGCGCUCAACUCGACUGCGUUUGAGGGAGAGGCCGAUGGGGAGCGGACCUUCAUCGGCUCCAAGACGGAAACUGCUCUGCUCAUCUUGGCCCGGGAGCACCUGGCCAUGGGCCCUGUCAGCGAGGAGAGAGCUAACGCGAAGACGCUGCACCUGAUUCCCUUCGAUUCCGGACGCAAGUGCAUGGGCGUGGUCGUUCAGCUGGAGAACGGCAAGGCGCGCCUCUACGUCAAGGGUGCCUCCGAGAUCAUGCUGGAGAAGUGCGCCCAGAUCCUCCGUGACCCUUCUAGCGGCCUGGCCUCGACGACCCUCACCGAGGACAACCGCGAGAUGAUCAAGAAGCUGAUCGAGAUGUACGCCCGCAAUUCGCUCCGGACCAUCGGCAUCAUCUAUCGGGACUUCGACCGUUGGCCGCCCAGGCAGACUCGCCGUCUCGGCGCCGAGAAAGACGAGAUUGUCUUUGAGGAUAUCUGCCGGAAUAUGACCUUCAUCGGCAUGGUCGGCAUCAAGGAUCCCCUGCGCCCCGGCGUCCGCGAGGCCGUUAGAGAUUGCCAAAAGGCGGGCGUCGUGGUUCGCAUGGUGACCGGAGAUAACAGGAUGACCGCCGAGGCCAUCGCGGCGGACUGCGGCAUCCUGCAGCCCAACAGCGUCGUCCUCGAGGGCCCCGAGUUCAGAAACAUGUCCAAGGCGCAGCAAGACGAAAUCAUCCCCCGGCUUCAUGUCCUGGCACGAUCCAGCCCUGAGGAUAAGCGGAUCCUGGUCAAGCGCCUGAAGGACAAGGGCGAGACGGUUGCGGUCACGGGAGACGGCACCAACGAUGCGCCCGCCCUGAAGAUGGCUGAUAUCGGCUUCUCCAUGGGUAUCGCCGGAACCGAGGUUGCCAAAGAAGCGUCCGCCAUCAUCCUCAUGGACGACAACUUCAACUCGAUUGUCAAGGCGCUGAAAUGGGGCCGCGCCGUCAACGACGCAGUCAAGCGCUUCCUUCAGUUCCAGCUCACCGUCAAUGUCACGGCCGUGGUCCUGACCUUUGUGUCGGCCGUGCAGAGCGACGACCAGGUUUCCGUCCUGACGGCCGUUCAGCUGCUCUGGGUCAACCUCAUCAUGGACACGCUGGCCGCGCUGGCCCUCGCGACGGACCCCCCUUCGGACAGCGUGCUGAAUCGCAAGCCCGAACGCAAAGGAGCCUCUAUCAUCUCGAUCACCAUGUGGAAGAUGAUUCUUGGUCAGGCCGUGUGGCAGUUGCUGAUCACCUUCCUGAUUUACUUUGGAGGAGUCAGCAUCCUCCCUGGUCCCGAUGACAUGACCGAGGGCCAAAUCCACACCUUGGUUUUCAACACAUUCGUCUGGAUGCAAAUCUUCAAUCAGUGGAAUAACCGGCGUCUCGACAAUGAAUUCAACAUCUUCGAAGGCAUGAACAAGAACCCUUACUUCAUCGGCAUCAGUGCCAUCAUGUGCGGCGGUCAAGUCUUGAUUGUCAUGGUCGGCGGCACUGCAUUCCGGAUCGAACACCAAACGGCCGUCAUGUGGGGCAUUGCCAUCGUCCUGGGUGUUCUCUCGAUCCCCGUCGGAGUGAUCAUCCGCCUCAUUCCCGACGACCUGAUCGAGAAACUGAUACCCUCAUCCUGGAAGCGCCGAGGUGAUUCCAAGGUUCCUCCCGUCACUGUGUCGGACGACGACGAGCGUUUCAGCGCCUAUCCCGAGCCCCUCGCCGAGGUCAGGGAGGAGUUGGCCUGGCUCAAGCGCGUCAAGGGCGGCCGUCUCAACAACCUCAAGUUCGCCAUGCAGCACCCCCGUGAGACGUUCAUGCCCUGGAGAAGCCCGGUCCCUAGCCGAGAACAUUCGCGAUCCAACUCUAUCCACCGCCUCCCGCAGACGCCCACACGCGCGGACAGCUUCAGUUCCGUGGCCGCCCCGACUCCGGACUCGCGUCGGCGCAGCAGGAGCAUGCGCUCGCGGUCCAACAGUGCACUCGGCGCCCCUACCGUCAUGGCGGGCAUUGUGGCCGGCAGUAUCGCAGCCGGUUGGUCACCCAUCGACCGGCGCGGCGAGCCCGACUUUGGGCAGUUCCCGCGGCCAUCGCUCUCAGUCCAGGAGUCCACGAACGAGUCGCAACCGGCGGCGAGCCGGUCCGUCUUGGGCGACGUGGUGCUGUCAGACGAGCCCCAGGAGAUUGGCGAGGGACCCUCUGAGAAGCCCGCUGCCGCGGCCGGGUCUGGGCAUGUUCCUAUCCUGAGCGUUCCCAAACCGCGGUCGCCUGCGACGCCUAAGCCGGCGGAGUAAUCCCUUGACAGCCCAGGUUCCCGCGUGCCACGGCAUGCGAUUUACGUUGACUCUCACAUUGGUAAUGGUCCACCGCGUAGCCGCUCCAGGCUGCGUCCGUGGUCCUGGAGGAUCGCCAAUUCACUG